AUGUCGUCUCCGGAAGAAACCCAAAAGUCCAGUACAGCCUCGCCGAAAUGCGACAGCUGCGACCUCGAGCAAUACCCAUUCCCCGAACGGAAUAACGAUCGAGGGUGCCCGGAAAGAGGGCUAGAGGGCGAGAAGGAGAUGACGGUCCAGCAGGACGUAGUAUCGGAUCAUCACGAGGAGACAUGUGGCACCAAUAACCCCUCCACUGGCCCUAUAACGAAUGGUGUCUGGACCGAGGACAACCGUGACCCAAAUAUUGUGGACUGGGACGGGCCUGACGACCCAGAGAAUCCUCUCAACUGGUCACCGCUGAAGAAGUGGGGAAACAUCACUCUUCUCUCCAUUAUUACCUUCAACAUUCCGCUUGCUUCAACGAUGCUUGCACCCGGCGUGCCUCAGAUUCUCGACGAAUUCAACACACAAAACGAGUCGUCGGCUACUUUUGUAGUUUCCGUGUACGUUCUCGGUCUCGCCAUAGGGCCUCUUAUAUUGCCACCGCUGAGCGAACUUUAUGGGAGAGUAAUCAUAUAUCACAUUGGCAACAUCAUCUUUGUAGUAUUCACAGCAGCAUGCGGUUUGUCAAAGAAUAUGGACAUGCUUAUCGGUUUUCGCUUCCUGGCAGGACUUGUGGGGGCGGGUGCUGUGACGAUUGGCGGCGGCUCCAUUGGCGAUCUCACAACCAUCCGGGAGCGGGGGAAAGCCAUGUCUAUCUGGAGUCUGGGACCGAUCCUGGGACCCGUGCUCGGCCCUAUUGCCGGAGGGUUUGUUUCGGAGAACAUAGGCUGGCGUUGGAUUUUUUGGAUCCUCACCAUCACUUCCGCCGCCAUUGCAAUCUCAAGCCUUGUAUUUCUGCACGAAACAAACGCCGGGGUUCUUUUAAGGAGGAAAGCGAGGCGACUCCAGACCGAGACGGGAAACUGGACAUUGCGGUCCAAACUUGAAUCACAGGUUGCCCCGAAAGAAUUGUUUCUCCGGUCCAUCCUGCGCCCUUCCAAGCUGUUGAUUCUCUCCCCCGUUUGUUUUCUGCUGAGCGUGUACAAUGCUUUCAUCUACGCUAUGCUUUAUUUCAUGUUUAGCACCUUUACUUUUGUCUUCGAAGGUCAAUACAGCUUCACACCAGCAACUGUUGGUCUGGUGUACAUUGGGCUCGGUAUCGGCAUGCUGCUUGCCCUUGCGAUCCAACAGGCAACGGGAAGCAAAUUCCUGAAGAUGCUCUCCGCAAGACAGGCCGACGGCAAGCCGAAGCCGGAACACCGACUCCCCAUCAUGAUGCUUGGCGGCUUUCUGAUACCCUCUGGGUUUUUUAUAUACGGAUGGACGGCACAAAACCGCGUUCAGUGGGCGGUGCCUCUGCUGGGGACCCUCAUCAUUGGCACAGGGGUGAGCCUUGCCAGCAUAAGCAUCAACCUCUAUCUCGUGGACGCGUUCACCAUCUAUGCGGCGUCGGCCAUUGGCGCCUCGGCCGUCUUGCGCUCGGUCUUUGGUGCCAUCCUCCCCUUGUUCGCCCUUCAGCUCUUCAAUAAAAUAGGUCUCGGCUGGGGAAAUUCCCUGCUUGGUUUCAUCGCGCUGGGCAUGUGGCCGGUCACGCUGGUCUUCAUCAAGUACGGGGAGUACCUGCGGACGGCGCCAAGAUUCAAUGUCAACCUGUAA